AUGCUCCACGAGGUCUGUUUAGGUAUUCAGAAACGAGCUCGGGUGAGGUUUGUAAACAAGGUGCAACAGACAGACAAAACGUUUCUCAACUUUCUCGAAGACAUCACAUACAAGUUUCACGAGACACAAAAUUCCUUAAAAAUUCUUGACUCAACGCGCCAUGCGAUGGUGAGAAACUAUAUUCACCAUAACGAGGAAUCUCGUGUGUUGAAGUUGUUGAAAGAAAGACCACAUAAUAGACAGGCUAAAACCGGUGUUUUUUUAGACGAAGUGUCAGCGAAUCUUCUACUGGAAUGCUUCAUCAAAAAGCGGAACUAUCUAGCGGGAUUGUCCGUCAUGUGGGAACUCUGCCUUCAGUCUUAUUUGGAAAAGGAGCCCCUUACACCUUAUGUGACUGCUCUCUGGCUAUACACGACUGGCGAGUUAAUCAAAUCCGGUGUCUUCUUUGAGCGUGUUGAGGAAGUCGGUGAAAGUGACAAUGAGGACGACGUUGACGUUGACUAUCGGAGCGUGGCCUACCUGAGAAAUCCGAACUACGAUGGCUGGUUCGAUAUUGGCCGACCUCGUCUCCAACUGGGACACUGUCUUCUUUCACUGGCUAGUUCGAUCGAGAGGAAAUUGCCACCGUUACUUCAAAAUAACUUGGCAAUUGACUUGAAAGCCAUCGCUCCCAGUCUUCGCCUUCUUGGAUUCGCACUCCUCGAGAAUGCUAAUCAACUCUUGACCUUUGCAUCCAGCAAAUCCUUGGUCGUCCACGGUGAUGUCUUGGCGACAGUGGAAAAGCUGAUUAAGUCGAGUGAUCGUCGCCCUGACAACUCCGAGACAAGGCGCGGUGAACCAGUACUUUUAACUGAAUCAGAGGUCGACUCAACGUUGGAGAAAUUCAAAGCGAUCGUAUCGACUAUAACACCAUUAAAGAAGUCCUUCUACACCGCUCUAGCGAGCCUCGUUACCUCCAUCACAACUGAUACAUCAAUCCAAAAGGCGGAGGUCGAGCGGGUGAUGCGCCUCUACGAUACCUUCGAGGUGACGCGCGCCACGGUUUGGCAGAAGGAGGCAGAGAGCCUACGGCGUCGGGGGGUGUUGGAGACGGUGAAGAGUCGUUUGCGUGGUCUGGCUGACGAAGAAGAACGACUGACUUUCUUUGAGCACGCUGAUACUAUCGAACAUCAAGCGUGGCUGGCACCGCGCACUCGCAGUGAGCGCCGGUGGUCGCGACUGAAGGAGUGGAAGAAGGAUCUUCGGGAGUAUCAAGAGAAACAGCAGGGGAGUCGAGAUGCAGCGGCCGAUAAGGGGAGGGAGGGAGGGAGCAGUAACAAUUUGUCACACCUUCGGCAUCCUCUCUACCAGUCCAGCUCUGCUGGCGACACUCUUGGGACGGUCGCUUGUACAUGCCGCCGCUACAGUCGACAGGACCACGGCAGCUCCUAA